UACAUGAAGGUCAGCUGGGAGGAGAGUGAAGACGAGGCUCUCCCAAAGGCUACCUUCCACAAGUCAGCAUGAGCAUCCUCAGCACUCUCUGGGAUGAGGUUCUCGGAGGUCCGAAGCCAGAGAAGUGUCAGGAUCGAUUAAGUGCUCUGAGCUUUCCUCAGUCGCCGUCGAAUACUGUGGAGUCUGGUAGUCCUGUGAAUUCACCAAAGGCAUCAUGGGAAGAUGACUUCGAGAAGCGGCGAAAGAGCGUGGAGGUCGGACGGGUUUCUUCGCAACCCGUGAAUAUUAUUGGCGCAGGAAAGGCUGCGAGGAAGGACCGGCUUCUGGAAACAUCUCAUUCUCUUCCCGCUACAUUCAAGCGGGAAUACAAGCUUCCUUCGCGGUUCGGAAGUGGCUCCAAAGAUUUUGUAUCCUCGCAGCCACCACACACAGCGGGUUUUGACCCUGAUACAGCAGUUUAUGCUUGGUACAAUCCCCUACCGGUCUGAGGGACUCAGGCCAUUUGAAGGCUCGUUCGUGCUGCCUUUAAUCGUGUACAUGUUUGUAAAGACGAGUUCUUACCUGCGGGCUCGCGCAAAUUGCUGCAAGCGAUUUGCAGGCACACUGGCACAUGGUUUGCUUUGGUAUUCCUUCUAUUUGUUUGCAAGGUUUGUUACUCGGCAGAGCGAAUAAUGAACUGUACGUGCCGAUCUGAGGGCAGGGAAUGGCCCUAAGGGUGUAUUCCUAUGGAUCAGGCUCAGGACCAGACCCGCAUUGCAUGGUGCUAUGCGCUGAAAGUGUUGGACUGUGUCAGUGCGGCUCAAUCUGGUUCUGUACUAUUAUGAUUCUGAUCAGGGCUUCAGAAAUCAGGACACAAUGCCCUGAUGCUGUAUAGCAGAAUGUUUUAGGGUUGUCCUGUGUUGACAGCUUUUGAUUAUUCCUAGGCCUGAAUUUUAGGGGUUUUCAUUUGAGCAGGCCUGAAAUAAUGUAUGUUUAGGUUGGAAAUGGUGAAGACGCAUUUC